UGCUGCUCAGAGUCUGCGCGCCUCCGUCGGACCCCAGAGGAAGGCAAUGGACUGUUAACGUGGGACCCCCGCGUCGGACCCUAGCCGUCGACCCCCCCACCCCCCUCUCCCCCACUGACACUUUGUAUCAAUCGACUGAGCGCGAGGCGGGCUGAGAGGAAGAGGACCGCGGCGGCGGGGAGAGAAUGAUGCGGUUCAUGCUGCUGUUCAGCCGGCAGGGCAAGCUGCGCCUGCAGAAGUGGUACACGGCCACGGCGGAGCGGGACAAGAAGAAGAUGGUGCGGGAGCUGAUGCAGGUGGUGCUGGCCCGCAAGCCCAAGAUGUGCAGCUUCCUCGAGUGGAGGGACCUGAAGAUCGUCUACAAGAGGUAUGCCAGCCUGUACUUCUGCUGUGCGGUGGAGGAGCAGGACAACGAGCUCAUCACCCUGGAGGUCAUCCACCGCUUCGUGGAGCUGCUGGACAAGUACUUUGGCAGCGUGUGCGAGCUGGACAUCAUCUUUAACUUCGAGAAGGCCUACUUCAUCCUGGACGAGUUCCUGAUGGGCGGAGAGAUCCAGGACACGUCGAAAAAGAGCGUCCUCAAGGCCAUCGAACAGGCAGACCUUCUGCAAGAGGAGGACGAGUCCCCCCGCAGUGUGCUGGAGGAGAUGGGCCUGGCCUAGUGCCUCUCUCCCUCCACACACCGGCCCGGGGCCACAGUGGCUGGAGGUUCUCUGGAUGCCUAGACGGGGGCCAGGUGACAAAGACUUUGGCACCAGGGUGGUCAUGGGGGGGGGGGGGGGGGGGGGGGGGGGGGGGGGGGGGGGGGGUGUAGGCACUGUGCGUUUAUGGCUCAGGAAACUUCCGCACAACAUGCUCUGCUUUUGACUAUAGAACACACACACACACACACACACACACACACACACACACACACACACACACACACACACACACACUGGUAUAAAGCUCUUGACCGGGGGUAAGGUGGUGGGCAUUGGGAGGGCCCCUCGUACCACUUGAGACGUGUUUCUACUGACUGCUCAGUUCCAAGUCUACUUUGUGUUCAGCCAGAGGUUGCAUGGGUUGCUGCCGGUUCCAUGGUUAAAUCUUGACGUCCUUAAGAUAAUCAACAGGUGGUAAUGCUCUGAGGACAACAUGACCGAGGGACUCAAAGGGAAUAAUUUAUUCCGAGGUUUUAUGAGGGAUUCUAAAGGGCUUCCUCCUUUUGGCUAACUGACAGUUGGCUACUACCUAGUCGAGGGCGAAUUUCUAACCUGUAACUGGUGUCUUUGCUUGUUGUAAUAGCCGUGAUUCAAAAGGUUAAAGUACAUCCCAGGCGUGAUUCAGUCGACUAAAGGCCGGUUCUCAAACAGUUCCUGGAUCUGGUUUUAAAGAUUAGUUAAGAAGACGGCCCCCACAGUGUCCUAGAGCCGCACCUGGCUAGCCUAGUUUCAAACUUUAAGGACGUCAACAAACUCACGACUGUAGUGGUACUGACUGUAUUAUAGUCCCUUCACCUCCGUCUCAGUGCUACCAGUCCACAGCGAGGAACCUCCUGUCGACUACUUGAAAUCAACUUUCCUUAAAUCUUUUUCAAAGUUAAGUCUAGUUUCGCUGGGCUCAGUCCGAUGGGAUGUAAAGCCAAACGUAUCGGGUAACCGUGAGGUUUAUACGUUAUUUUAUACCAACGAUAUAAAUACAGAGGAACUGACAUUCAAAUCCGUGAUUGACAGGUCUGUCUUUGACCCCCUGUGAACGAUUGACAUCACCCCAUUAGCCAUCUCCCAACGGGGCGACUAAAACCGUUGUGAUUGGUUUUCUAUCUGGUUGUGAUUGUAUGCAAGUGGUGACCAAACCUUUGCAUUAACUUUUGAAGUCGCAAUGUACUCAUCAGCAUCUUCAAGUAAAUACAUGGAGUAUAGUAAUCACACUUCGAGUUAUUUUGAAUACACUCGAUGUCUAUUUAUUGUGCCUGUGUAUACGAAUUGCAUAUAACGACAUGUUUGGUAGAGACACUCUUAGAUUAAUUGCAGAUUGUUCCGGUUAUCGCUCUGCAAGGAGAUCAAUAAUCCACUGUUUCCACGCGAGAGCAGCAGUAGACAUUCACAGCCCGCGGUCCGGGGAGUGGACCCAGGACGUACCUCAGGUACCACGACCCCUCACCUUUCUCGGACACACCUUUUGAGGUUGAGAGUUGAAGAUCCCAUCUCUCCCCAGCGUGUCGGAGCAGGUACGACUGGCUCACCACCCAGAGACUUGAGCUCAGUUGGACACGUGGACUGUGAACCUUUCCCUUUUUGUGGUUGUGUUCAGCGCACUUCGCGCUACUCGCAGGAUUGCGACCCAUUUCCUGAUUUUAGAAAAAUUGAAUUUUGUUUGAACAUAUAUCCUUGAAUGAAUUCCCUCAAUUGUACUCUCAAUAAUGUUUUAAUCGUGUUUUAAAAGUUUCAAUAAUGUACAAUGGAGUUUAGGGGCAAUAAUGACAAUGAUAUAUUGCUAUAGCUGUACUUAUUCAAUAUAUACAUUACAGAGAAAACGAUCA